AUGUUAAUACUAAAAGAAGAAUUAAUUGCCAGAUGUGAAGGUAUGAGGAGGGCGCUAACAGCUAAUAAAAUAGAAGAGGUUCAGGGGCAUGGGAUCAUACAUACUCCCAGAAGAAAUAUUGUGGAGGAAUUGGUCAAGAAUAUGUUAAUACUAAAAGAAGAAUUAAUUGCCAGAUGUGAAGGUAUGAGAAGGUCGCUAACAGCUAAUGAAAUAGAAAAGCUGGUAAAUUACUCUGAAAGUGCCAUGAUAAGGUGCUCAAUGUACAAUAUUAUUAAAGAAGAUUUUAAUCCUAAUCCCCAUAAACUUGUAGUGAAAUAUGGCAGAGGGAAAAUUGAAGAUCCCUUCCAUCGUCGCGUUGGACCUGUAGAAGGGUUCGGGGGCAUGGGUAUCAUACAUACUCCCAGGAGAAAUAUUAUGGAGGAAUUGGUCAAGAAAAUGUUAAUAGGUACUAAAAGAAGAAUUGAUUGCCAGAUGUUCGGGUGCAUGGGGAUCAUACAUACUCCCAGAAGAAAUAUUGUGGAGGAAUUGGUCAAGAAAAUGUUAAUACUAAAAGAAGAAUUAAUUGCCAGAUCUGAAGGUAUGAGGAGGGCGCUAACAGCUAAUGAAAUGGAAGAGGUAAUAGUUAUAUUCUGA